CCGGACCCCCGCCCUGGGGUGAGACCACCUGGAUCUACCACGACGGUGAGGACACCAAGAUGAUCGUGGGUGAGGAGAAGAAGUUCCUGCUGCCCUUCUGGCUGCAGGUGAUCUUCAUCUCGCUCCUGCUCUGCCUCUCGGGCAUGUUCAGUGGCCUCAACCUGGGCCUCAUGGCCCUGGACCCCAUGGAACUGCGCAUCGUGCAAAACUGUGGCACGGACAAAGAGAAGAACUACGCCAAGCGCAUCGAGCCCGUGCGCCGCCAGGGCAACUACCUGCUCUGCUCCCUCUUGCUGGGCAACGUCCUGGUCAACACCACGCUUACCAUCCUGCUGGACGACAUUGCCGGCUCUGGGCUGGUGGCCGUGGUGGUCUCCACCAUCGGUAUCGUCAUCUUCGGCGAGAUCGUGCCGCAGGCCAUUUGCUCUCGGCACGGCCUGGCCGUGGGCGCCAACACCAUCUUCCUCACCAAGUUUUUCAUGAUGAUGACCUUCCCGGCCUCCUACCCAGUCAGCAAGCUGCUGGACUGUGUCCUGGGCCAGGAGAUCGGCACGGUCUAUAACCGUGAGAAGUUGUUGGAGAUGCUGCGGGUCACCGACCCUUAUAAUGACCUAGUCAAAGAGGAGCUCAACAUUAUCCAAGGAGCUCUGGAGCUGCGCACCAAGACAGUGGAGGAUGUGAUGACUCCACUCCGAGACUGCUUCAUGAUAGCUGCUGAGGCUGUGCUCGACUUCAACACUAUGUCUGAGAUCAUGGAGAGCGGUUAUACCCGCAUCCCUGUUUUUGAGGGUGACCGCUCCAACAUUGUGGACCUGCUCUUUGUUAAGGACCUGGCUUUCGUGGACCCUGAUGACUGCACUCCGCUCAAGACCAUCACCCGAUUCUACAACCAUCCGCUGCACUUUGUCUUCAAUGACACCAAGCUUGAUGCCAUGCUGGAGGAGUUCAAGAAAGGCAAGUCUCACCUGGCUAUAGUACAGAGAGUAAACAAUGAAGGAGAAGGGGAUCCUUUUUAUGAAGUCCUGGGAAUUGUCACUUUAGAAGAUGUGAUUGAAGAGAUCAUCAAGUCUGAAAUUCUGGAUGAAACAGACCUAUACACUGAUAACAAGACGAAAAAGAAAGUAGCCCAUCGGGACAGGAAGCAGGACUUCUCUGCCUUCAAACAGACAGACAGCGAGAUGAAGGUUAAAAUAUCACCACAGCUCCUCCUGGCAAUGCACCGUUUCCUGGCAACAGAAGUAGAAGCCUUUGGUCCAUCCCAGAUGUCAGAGAAGAUCCUUCUCAGGCUGCUAAAACAUCCCAACGUCAUCCAGGAGCUGAAAUAUGAUGAGAAGAACAAGAAAGCCCCAGAAUACUACCUCUACCAGCGAAACAAGCCUGUCGACUACUUUGUUCUCAUUUUACAGGGGAAAGUGGAAGUGGAGGCUGGGAAAGAGGGGAUGAAGUUUGAAGCUGGUGCUUUUUCCUACUAUGGGGUGAUGGCCCUGACAGCAUCGCCAGUUCCCUUGUCCCUGUCUCGUACCUUUGUUGUCAGCAGAACAGAGUUGUUAGCAGCAGGUUCUCCAGCUGAAAACAAGUCUCCACCUCGGCCCUGUGGCUUGAAUCACUCAGACUCUUUAAACCGAAGUGAUCGCAUCGAUGCAGUGACACCAACGUUAGGGAGCAGCAACAACCAACUGAAUGCAUCUUUUCUGCAAGUAUAUGUCCCGGACUACUCAGUGAAAGCACUCACAGACAUUCAGUUUGUCAAGAUCUCAAGACAGCAGUACCAAAAUGCCCUGAUGGCAUCCCGGAUGGACAAAACACCUCAGUCCUCGGACAGUGAAAACACUAAAAUCGAACUGACUCUUACGGAGCUGCAUGACGGUUUGUGUGACUCACAACAAGCCCAACCACAGUAUGCACAGUGAAGGAGCUAUCUAGGAGCUGACUCCCUACAACCCACCCAUCCCAUCUCCUCAGCAGGACCAGUCCUCGCUCCUUCCUGCCUCCUCCCUGAGUGUGAACACCGUUAGUAUGUGCUUGCAACACUGUGCUGCAUCCAGUGUUCUGAGACCAAAGACUUUUGCGUCCGUUGAGGGAGCAGAAGCGGAAGAAACAGGAAGAAAGGAGCAAAGAGCAAGAUAGAGAGACUAAAGCCCCAAGCGUACUUUGGGAAUGGUGAGCUACCCUUGAGAACGAUGAAAAUACUUCUUGCAAAGUAGAAUCAUGUUUAUUUUUAUCUGUAUUUUACACCCUUGUUGGGUUUUUCCUCCUCAAACACAUAUGGAGAAGUGUAAAAACUGCUCCGAUUAUUUUUUCAAGAGAGAUCAUGUUUUUAAAAAGUAUUUUGCAGAGUUUUAAAUUGUUUCUGUCCCUCCCCAACCUGAAGUAAGCUCUGUUGUGGUUUUGUGAAUUGGCUCCAAUGUCCUUAGACCUCUUUUCACCUCUCUCUGGUUCUUUUUGUUGCCCUGUUGAAGAAGUUAGUAACCGGUACUUGUAUGUGUUUGUCUCCUAAGAACGAGCAAGCUUCAGGGAACCUCUGGUUUCAGCCACCUGGAGGGUCAAGGGAUGAGUAUCACUGCAUUCUUCCAGUUAAGUUUCAGGGAAGGAGUGGUUUUUUUGAUAUUUAAUGUUCUCUCAAAUUUCAGAAGGUUUCUUUGUAAAACAGACACAAGCAUUGUUACGCUUAGUUUUGUAACCUCCAAAAACUUUGUGCAUGUUGAAGAUGAUACUGGGUGGAAGGGAUUAAUUAGCGAAACUGCAGUCUCGUGAAAUGAAAGCCAGGGGUAGUUUUCCACAGUGGUGUAACUGGAUGAUUUUCCUUUGAUGUUCCUGAGAAUUGCAUCAUUAAGUUAACUCUGUGCACCCUAAAAUGACAAACUUUAAAUGGCCACGUGCCGUAACAGUCUGUGCACGGCUCCCUUGGCCACAACAGACUUUGUUAAGUAACAGAGAGAACAACAGCCCCUGUUCCCCCCUUAAAUCUCUAGUGUUAACAGAAAAGAUGCUGCUACAGUUCUGCCCAAAGUGCAUCCUCCAGGUGACAGUAAACCUCUGCCAGUGCAAGGAUGGGCUCUGCUGAGGAGUCGGGACCAUCCUGUCCUCUCCAAGAACUGACACAACUUUCCAGACGCGAGUGUAUUGCACUUCAGGGAUUCGGAGAGGUUCGCUUCCAGGCUGUUCCCCAGCCACAUUCCUUCCUUUGAGAGGAUUCAGUGUAUUUCCUUCUUUCUCUCUCUCCUUUUAAAGGCCGUUUUAGGGAUUACCAUGGUAGCCGAACAGAGACCCCCCCCACCAGGCUGCUGCUCCUGCAGGACAGCCUGUGUCGGGCAGCAGAAAACGGUUCCUCCACUCUGAACACCUGCAUGUGGACUGGGUGCAAGAGAGACGUACCCUUUGGCAGUUGUGCAUCACACGUUGGCAUUCUUCACUCCCUCAAAAGGAGUUUAGGUCCCAGUCGGGUCCUUAAAUGUAAAAGACACCCCCCCCCUUCUCCUGAUCAUCUCCCCUUCCAGUGCUGUCUCAAACCGAAUAUGAACAUUGUCCUUAGUAUUAGGUUCUGGAGAGAUGGACAAAUGAGGCAUUGUGGUUUCUGGUUUGAGACUGUUCCAUGGCCCUGAUUAUGCAGCAUUUCCCUUCCUUUCUUUACACUCAGAUAAUCUCAUCUGACCCUCAAAGAAACCCCCAGUCCCAAAUGCAACUGCCAGAGCUCUCUGUGUCCUGUGGCACAUCUCUCCUGCUUUCUGUUUGGGGCAGGCACUUGCCCAUGAGUUCCCGUGGUCUCUCUUUGCAAGUGUUUGCUGGAAAGGUGCAAUAUUUUGCUGCAGCAACUCCCUGCAGGAAAUUGGCAUGUGUGGCUUUAGAGCAGAUUUUGUGUGCAUGUGUCACGCUUUCUCUCUCUCUCUCGGCUUCAGGAAGCAGCCCUAAUUUUUGCUCUCCUCUCUAAAAAUGGCCGCAGAUGGACCCUGCAGGCCUGCUGGCUGAGAGAGCCAGCACAGGAAACGAUGCCCUUUCUUUCUGGGAAGGGGCAGCAGUCUGUAAGGGUGAAGUCCCCACAAGAGGGCAUAGAAAUUCCACAGUAUCGAACAUGUGCGCUGAGCGACAAGCAAGCCCGGCCCUCAAACUUCGCUCUCGUGUUUAGCAUUUAUUAACUUUUUUGAAUCAUGACUUUUCCCGUCUAAAAACGCUUCCUUAAUCUCCAGCCUCAGUCUGAUGUGCGCCUGGCCACACUGGCUGGCCACGUUCACCCCUGGAUGUGUGCAACAGCCUGAGAGCGCACAGCUCGGCAUCAGCCCAAGCUGAUCUCAGCCCUGCUCCUUCCUGGAGAACUGCUAGUAUUGCACCUUUCUCACAGAGCAAAGCGGUGAGAUGUUACAGCGUUUGUCCUUGCAGGGCGAGUGACUUGCCUCCCCACUUUUUAUCUAGUGUUGCUGAAUGUAAAAGUUUGUUAAAAGCGUUUGACACGGUGGUGAACCUGAGAUGCAGUAUCCAUCUUGUCAGCCCUGCCAAAGAAGGGAAGGCUCAAGUCAAGGCAGCUUGCUCUCUGGGAUGAGGUUGCUCACUCGUCUGACUUCUGCUUCUUAUGUCAGGUUGUGGAUUUGUUUUAGUGUCUGUUUCCAUUUAAAAAAAAAAAAAAGCCUAUUUUUCCAACCAAAGCCGUGUGAUCCCAAAGCAAAUACCUCCUGCUUCUGCUUGUGCUGCACUGUUCUAAAAUUUGCAGGCAAUUUUUGCAUGACUCUUUUUCGUCAUUUGUACAGUUCCAAUAAUGGAAAGUGUAAUAAUUUCCAUAAAAAUAGUUGAUUAUAGAUGUGUUUCAUAUGGAAAAUAUGUACCUGACCCAGAGGGGUUAGGAGCUGCUACUACUAAUUAGCUUGAAGAGCAGGGCAUGGUCCUCUCCACAGAGGGGGAAAAAUCCAGUCUCCCUGUUCUCAGGGUAUUUACAGUUUUACUGUUGAACAGACGAAAGGGGUUCCCAGCCCUUGUGGUGGGAACCAACAUAAAUAGAGGAGCCCUGUACCCGGCUCAGGAUUAUUUCUGAGACUCUGGACAGUGUUUGCAAAUGCAGGGUCUUGGCCUUCCUCACUGUAGUGGAAGUGCCAUGGCUUCUGCAUCUGUACCAAUGCAGGAGGUGUCCUGCCAGGGCAGGUCUGGUUUCUCUGGCUUGCUGGUUGCCUGUCUGCAUUCAGGUGGACUCAGAUGCUGGAUUUUGUGCCGCAGUGCCACGUGUACGCGUGGCAGAGCUGUCAGUCAUUGCUAUGGUACAGGGCACGAGCCGAUGGCUUUGGGAAUUGCUAGACUUGACCUCAGACCUUGGCAGGGCUUUGACUUGUAGGAAGGAUACUGCAUCUUCGUUUGUCAACUCCUACUGCCUUCGUUGUUCGCCUUGUCCAUCUGCCUCCAGGUACAGGCAGAGAGGGGCAGAUGAUGACCUGUUGGCUUGGGGGGCUGGGAGGGCGCUAGCUGUGGUUUCUACUGUCAAUACAAUUUUGCACAAAAGUUCUUUGAAGUGAGGUUUUUCAACACUAAUAUCUUAAAUGCAUAACUGUGAAUUAUAACUUUUACACUCCUGUUGGUUGAACUUCCUUUAAAUGAAAUGAACCUGAAUCUGUUGUAACUAUGAUUUUUUUUUUUGAUUGUGUGUAUUGGCAAACCUUUGUGAAGAGUGAAGGAAUGUUCUUGCUUUCCAAUGAGAAUCGUUCUCCAAACAAGACUGACUCUGGUGACAUGGAGAUCAUAUGAAGCACUCUAGCUCUGAGUGGAGAGGGGCUCGGGGGGAGCUUAGCAAACCAACAUUGUCUUCUCUGUAGACCCCAAGCUCAGAGCACCCAGAGUUUAUAAAGUGCUUGUUGUUUUAUUCCCUAUUUGUCUACUCCCUAAAAUCCAUGUGCAGUUGAAGGCUUUUGUCCCAGAAGAGCUCAGGACCGGGGUAUCCGCAAGCCGGGUGAAGGUCCGGAUGAGGGAUGUCAGCAGAGAGGAAGGGUGUGGGCUGUGGUGCAGUGCAGGGCUGCGCAAAGAGAUGAGGGGACCCCAAAAGCUGGCAUGGCUGGAGAGCCUCCAGUUACACCUAACGGCUGCAUGGGGCAGGUCUUACCCCUUCUACUUCAAACCUUUAUUCGCAUAUAGCUCCCUCUCGUGCUCUUUUCUGCCCCGUGCACGCCCACUCCUGCUCCAGCCCAACCAGGGCCCAGGCUGAUGCUGUGACCUGGCACGGAGCAGCAGUGCUUCCCACACAGGCUUAUCCGUUCUCAGGCUCAACGCUACCAUUAUUUGUCCUUUAAGGAGCAAAGCGAGCCAAGUUUGGGAGCCUUUCAGCUGUUGGAGAGGAGAGCUGCACCCUGCGGUGGGUGGGAGUUGGCUACGCCUGGGGACAUGGCAGGGAGCAAGGCUUGCUGGUCUUGGGCUCCAUUUAAAGAGGCAUCGGCCGCUUGUUCGGCAUUGUUCUCCGUGGUCCAUUCCUCCUCUGAUCUCCUAGACUUACAUUCCCUUUUUUCCUCACCGCAGGGUUUUUUUUUUUCUUUUCUUUAAGUGCCUUUUUGUGCGGUUGGAGCUGGCAAGAGUAGGAGUCUCAGGAUAUGGCCCUUUGCACUCACCUCAGACCCAGAGAAAGCUCAGGGAGGAGCAGGGCGACUCGUCUGUGGUGACCCACGGACGUCACCCGUUGCUGCUUCUCAGCCGUCAGGGCCCUACACAGAUGGGGAUGUGAUUUUGGCAGUGGUGAUGUAGGACUCAGAUCGGCUCAGAGGAAAGAAAACCAAAGAGGUAGCUGUGUGCGAGGGGCUGCUCAGGCAGCAGUGGUGCUUCCUGUGAUCUCCGCAGAGCUCAGCCGAGGGGGCGUUGGGGUGGGGAUGGCGAAGAGCAGCGCUGUCUCCUUGCAAGCAUCCUGUGUAAGUAUCGUACAGAGCGGGGUAUACAGCCGUGUUCUCCAGGACCAGUUGGGACAUGCAUCUUCCUUGUGCUGAAAUAGAGUAUCUAUAGAAAUCAUUCCCACCUGAAAGAUGUACCAUAUUUUAUAUGAUAUCUAAUACACACAUCUGUGGUUUUAAAACUAGUACCUGUGUACCAGUUGUCAAGUUAUCCAGUGUCUGGAUUACCAGUAGAAAACUGGGGCUGGGCGGGGAGGGAAACGAUGCUAUAAAGAGUAUCUCUUGUUGUGAUGCUAACUUGAGACUUCAUCCCAAAGGUGGCUGACCAGCGAUGAUGUGUUCCUGCACUUGUACUGUAAGCUUUGAGGUGCAAACCUGGCACACGGCAGAAAACCAGCACGUGCUGAAAGGCUGUGGGUGAUACAGACCCUGGCUUGCUGCACGUCUUGCUGCCCUGGCUUUACACUGUGGCACUAAACGGACCCAAGGAAGUACCUGGUCCUUGGAUACUGAGGGUUGUUUUGGUCCACCAGUGAAAUGACAAGCUUAACAAAUGUGACCAGAGGCCAGGCAUCUUGUCACAGCACAGAGGAGAGAGCAGCCUUCAUGCUGACUUGACUAGCAGAGAGGACAAGCGCUGUGCUACCAGCUUAGCUAGGAAGGUGCCCUCAUCCCUGCUCCGUUGUGUGCUGGGUCCGCUGGUUGCCAGAUCUCUCGUUGCUGUGAUCUCUGUGGCAAUGCUGGCCCCGUUCCAUGAGUCUGCAGCACAGAUGCUGUUAGUGGAGCACGGCACGGAGGAACCUUAAACACCCACUGGCUUCCCAUAGACAUCGCCCCCCCCCGCCUAAAUCCUGCUCGGUGUCUUGCUCUUGUCCUGGAGGCUGGCUUCACGCUAGGCUGAGCUCCUCCUCCUGUAGUUUCACUGCAGUGUCCCUGAGGCUGCGUGUGAGUGAGGGGACGUAUUGCUGCAGGUCCAAGGCGGUACAGUUGAACUUCUCAGUCAGGUUUUGCAUGUUUGCUGUUCUUUUAUGUUAAGAGCUGGAAGCUGGACCUGGGGAGGCCAGAGCAUUCCCUAGGAAAAAGCACGAGAUGCCAGGUUAUCCCAGCCCCUUUCCCCAAGCUGCAGGGAAUGGCAGGCAGUGCUAGAAAGCUGCCUCCAGCCCCUUGCACGGUACGGAUGGCAGAGGGAGGUGUUUCAUGGGUCAGUAGCACCAAACUCUGUCCAAGUGACUUGUCACGGUGUCGUUCUCAUUAUCCUCAGGUCAGACUCAAUAAUGCUUCUGCACCUUGGAGAUAAGGUACUCAAAGCUGCUGAUUUUCUGUCUCCAACUGAAAAACGUUUUUGUGAUCUCUCCUAUAGUUUUUUCCUUUGGGCCCUGUUUUCUUUUAAGCAGGGCCGAUAACUGGAAUCCAGCAGAGCAAAGCACCCCGGCUGCUCUCACCCUUCCAGUGCCAGCGCCCGAUUUCCGGUUAUCGAAGUGCUUGAUGUUUAAUCCUUCCCCCAGAAGGAGAGGUUUAGCCGUUCUCAGCAGAAACUGCGUGUUGCAGGGUCUGGCUUGAGGUGCGUAGGCUGUCACGAGCCAGAGUCCCAAAGAAGUGCCUGAAACCUGCGAAGGCUGCAAGCAGCUCUGGUGCUCAGGAGGAGCAUUUGAUGGGCUCAGGUCAGUGGCUCCAUGGUCGUUUCUCCUUCUCGAAGGAGCGGAGACUGAAGGGAAGCUGGUUGCAGUGUUUGUUGGGGAGGAAGGACUUGUCCCAACAUUUAGUGCUUGGUGGAGCAAUCUAGCAUCAUGUUUUGGCGGUUGUGAGACUGCAGAGCUUAAAAAAGGAGGGUUUUACCCUCUGGGCAUCACUGUUGUACCAAAUCCUUCCAAAUUCAAGUGAGAAGGUUGUAGAUCUCAGAGCAGUAGCCUGGAUUGUAGGCCUCUAGCUGAAAGUGCCAAUAUUGAAUGAAUGCCUUCCGGAGUCGUCCAAAGAUGAAUAUGGGAGCGUGGAGAGGACUCCCAGCCACCUCCUCUGUUCCCAGAAGUAACACACUGGCUGUGCCGCUUAUCAGCCCUAGUGUAGCUCCUGCUCAUGUCUCAGGUUGAGCUGAGUGGGUUUGGCCAGUGAAUUUUGACCUAGGGCACGCAUUGUGCAUGGUGCUGGCUCUGAUUCGGUAAAGCAGCUUUGUGCCCCUGCUGCUCUUGCCUUGAUGAUACCUGUGUCUCUCCUGUUCUCGCUGAGGUUUAGCUGAGCUUGCAGGAAGGCAAGAGGGGACCAUGAGGUGCCCCGUGGGCUGCCAAGCAGGAAUGGGCGAUGCUGCCCCAAUGCUAUCUUCACUCCUCGCGCUAAGCUACUGAGGAGGGUAGGAGAUGUUGCUCAAGGACUCGCUUUCCUCUGCCUUCCCUGCAGACUUGGUGCGAAAUCUGGAGAGCGGAAAGCCAUCAGGACCCCUAGCGCCAACAACCCGAUCAUGUUUUAUCCAUGUUCUCCGAGCUGCCAGGCAGGAAGGUGGCUCACAAGCAGGUUAGGGGUGGGCCCUGCUGGGGGGAACCGCAAGGCUGUUGUGUGUGUGUGUGUGUGUGUGUAUAUAUAUAUAUAUAUAUAUAUUUUUUUUUUCCCCCCCAACACACACAGCUGAAGAUCAAAGCUCGAUAACUGAAUCACAUGGCAGACGUCUAGAUGCCAAAUACAUUGAAUCUGAAAAUGCAAAUACUUGAGAAUACGUCCCUGUGUCACGUGGAAGCCAUGAACAGCUGGUUCUCUGCAACCAGCAGUCUCUAAAACCAAACCUUUCUCCUAUAUUUAAUCCUUUCCUGUAAAACCUGUAUGUAUAUCGAAGUCUGCACAGAUUCUUCUCCUGACUUCCAGUCGUGAAACCUUUAUUUUUGCCCUCUGUUCAGAAGCUUUGCACUUCACCCUUUAAAACGCGCUUCCGUGGCUAUGUGACCCCAGCCAGCUUCUCUAGGUUACGCUGCCAGUCCCAGGUCUCUUCACGGUGUCUUAUUUUCCAUCGUAUAUGGUCUUUGCUAAUUGUAUCAUAUUGUACAUUACCUCGGGUUUUCAGAGUUGUAGUAUUCUGACUACAGUAUUUCCAAUUGUGUACAUAGACCUGAAUAAGCACAACUGAAAUCCAUGAAUGAAGUGUAUACGUUUCAUAUACUGAUUGUCAUACAAAUGAAUUUUAUAAUUAUUCCAAUUUUGUUGUAGAUUUCCAAUCUUUCCUAUUUAUUUUGUACCAGAUUUAUUUGUAUAUUUUGUGAUUUUGUUUAAAAGCAUUUUGUUUAUUUCUAUUCUUUUUAGAUAAAUGAUGAUUUUUUUCUGUUGAACAUUCCCGUUUAUGCAUUUUUCCCUCCUCCAUGCUUCCCCCUCAUUUCAAAGGGAUGGAUUUUGGCAUGAGGGUGGUGGUGGGGCUGAUGUUGGUGAUCCUGAACCCAGAUCUUUGCAGAUCAUAAAUUGCUGUCAGCGCAUCAACAGUCUUUUAUCUCCGCUUUAGUUGUCGAGAGCCACGGAGGGGCCGGAUCCUGUUCCCUGUAGAGCCAGGUCUUGCUCUUUGCUUUGGUAGGUCUGGGCCCAUGAAUCCUUGAGCCGGGGAGGGCCUUGCUGGUGGUUUUGCUUAGCAGGUAGCUGGGAAGUUGGUGGUAAUGGAUAGCAGCUGACUUUCUCGUUCUGAAGUGUUCCCUCAAGAGCGGUGGUCCUUUUCUUCCACUAAUAAAA